AUGAAUCCACCGGAUAACAACAACCAAGACAAUGCUCAAUCUCCACUUCACACUCAUCUCCCCACUCCUCCCCCACAAUCGAACCCAGACCAAACUCCAAUUCCUUCUCCAACUUCAAUCCCAAACCCUAAUUUCGAGCAAAUAGUCUCCUUCUCCGCGCCAAAGAAACGAAGAAGAGGCCGAUCUCAACGCUCAACGUCGUCGUUUCACACCUUCGCACCCUCUCCACACUCAUCUAAGCUAAACCUAGAUAUCACCAGAUCAAACCCUGGGAUCGGAGACGAGAUCAUCACAAUCAACAAAGAAGCCACCACGGAGGCUCUCCUCGCUCUCACGGCCGGCUUCCCAGCCGAUUCACUCACCGAGGAGGAGAUCGAGUUCGGCGUGGUCCCCGUCGUCGGAGGAAUCGAGCAAGUGAAUUACAUUUUGAUUCGAAACCAUAUAAUAUCGAAAUGGAGAGAGAAUAUCUCCACUUGGAUCACAAAGGAAAUGUUUUUAAAUUUAAUUCCUAAGCAUUGUAUCAGUCUAUUGGAUUCAGCUUAUGAUUACUUGGUUUUGCACGGUUAUAUCAAUUUCGGUAUAUCGCAAGCGGUUAAGGAGAAGAUUCCGGUUCAGGGUAGUAAGCCUCCUAGUGUGGUUAUAGUUGGUGCCGGGUUGUCUGGUUUAGCUGCGGCGAGGCAGUUGAUGAGGUUUGGGUUUAAAGUGACGGUUUUGGAGGGGAGGAAGAGGCCUGGUGGGAGGGUUUAUACUAAGAAGAUGGAAGGGAAUAGAGUGGAGGCGGCGGCGGAUUUGGGAGGGAGUGUUUUGACUGGGACGUUAGGGAAUCCGUUAGGGAUUAUAGCGAGGCAGUUAGGGUGUUCUCUUUACAAGGUGAGAGAUAAGUGUCCUCUCUAUAGGGUUGAUGGGAAGCCUGUUGAUCCGGAUUUGGAUAUGAAGGUGGAGGGGGCUUUUAACCGGCUUUUGGAUAAGGCGAGUAGGCUUAGGCAGUUGAUGGGUGAUGUUUCGAUGGAUGUGUCGCUUGGUGCGGCGCUUGAGACGUUCAGGCAGGUUUAUGGGGAUGCUACUGAGGAGAUGAGUUUGUUUAAUUGGCAUCUUGCUAAUUUGGAGUAUGCGAAUGCGGGUUUGGUGUCUAAGCUCUCUCUUGCGUUUUGGGAUCAGGAUGAUCCGUAUGAUAUGGGUGGGGAUCAUUGUUUUUUGCCUGGAGGAAAUGGGAGGCUGGUUCAUGCUUUGGCGGAGAAUGUACCGAUAUUGUAUGAGAAGACUGUUCAAACGAUUAGAUAUGGUGCAGAUGGUGUGAAGGUAACUGCUGGACAUCAAGUUUAUGAGGGUGAUAUGGUGUUGUGUACAGUUCCCCUUGGUGUUCUUAAGAAUGGAUCCAUCAAGUUUGUGCCGGAGUUGCCUCAGAGGAAGCUUGAUUGUAUUAAGAGACUAGGUUUUGGGUUAUUGAAUAAAGUUGCGAUGCUUUUUCCGUUUGUAUUUUGGGGUACAGAUCUUGAUACCUUUGGACAUCUUACUGAGGAUCCAAGUAAUAGAGGUGAAUUCUUCCUCUUCUAUAGCUAUGCACAAGUUGCAGGGGGUCCUCUGUUGAUCGCGUUGGUUGCGGGAGAAGCUGCUCAUAAGUUUGAGACAAUGCCACCCACUGACGCAGUGACUCGUGUUCUUCAGAUUCUGAGGGGUAUGUAUGAACCACAAGGAAUAAAUGUCCCUGAUCCAAUUCAAACGGUCUGCACCAGGUGGGGCGGGGAUCCAUUCAGUUUCGGAUCUUACUCUAAUGUUGCAGUGGGAGCUUCAGGUGAUGAUUACGACAUAUUAGCAGAAAGUGUGGGAGAUGGAAGGCUUUUCUUUGCCGGUGAAGCCACGACAAGGCGGUACCCUGCAACCAUGCAUGGAGCUUUUGUUACUGGUCUGCGUGAAGCUGCUAACAUGGCUCAAGCUGCGAAGUCCCGGGGCAUAAGGAAGAGAAUCGAUAGGAACCCUUCAAAAAACCCUCACGGUUGUGCUACCCUUCUUGCAGAUCUGUUCAGAGACCCUGAUUUGGAGUUUGGGAGUUUUUCCAUAAUAUUUAGUCGAAGGAAUCCAGACCCGAAGUCUCCUGCGAUUUUGAGAGUAACGCUAAGCGAGACUUGUAAGAGGAGCGAUGACCCAGUAGCAGAUCAGUACUCAAACAAGAUACUGUUUCAGCAGCUUCAGUCUCAUUUUAAUCAGCAGCAACAGAUUCAGGUGUAUACGUUAUUGACUAGACAGCAGGCUCUUGACCUGAGAGAAGUCAGAGGUGGUGAUGAAAAGAGACUUUACUAUCUAUGCGAGACACUUGGAGUGAAGCUGGUGGGAAGAAAAGGUCUAGGAAUAGGAGCUGAUUCCGUCAUCGCUUCUAUUAAGGCCGAGCGAACCGGUCGCAAGCCAGCACCAUCAGGCACAAAAUCUGGACCGGUGCCGCUGAAUCAAAAUAAUAAUGGCGACUCGGAGACUAUGAAACAUGAGUCUUUAGGGAAUGGCAAAGCAUCUGAGCAAGCGACAAUAGUAGAGGCGAUAGGAAGCAGCAGCACACAAGAGGAAAGCAAAUGGUUGGGCACAGGAGUUGCAUCAAGUUCCGGUAUUCAUUCUUCUUAA